AUGGAGGCUGUCAAGCCCGGGGUCGACCAGAAGCUGCUGGAAGGUCAGGAGAUGCUGCACCAGAUGUGGCUCAGCUGGAGCCAGAAACAACUCCCGGGCACAGAGAAGGACCCGGCCCAGCCUGAGCAGGUCGAGUCGCGGGCGCUGGCCAUGUUCCGGGACAUCGCCCGCCAGCUGCAGGCCACCUGCGCCUCGCUGGGCGCCAGCCUCCAGGGGCUGCCGGCCCACGUGAAGGACCAGGCGCAGCAGGCUGGCCGCCAGGCGGAGGCCCUCCAGGCCACCUUCUCCGGGGUCCACUCCUUCCAGGACCUGUCCAGCAGCAUCCUGACCCAGAGCCGCGAGCAGGUGGCCAAGGCUCGGGAGGCCCUGGACCGCAUGGUGGAGCACGUGGCCCAGAACACGCCUGUCAUGUGGCUCGUGGGCCCCUUCGCCCCUGGGAUCGCCGAGAAGGCCCUGGAGGAGAAGAAGUAGCACUCCGUCCCUCCCGGGGGCUCCCCUCCCCAGCCCCCCCAAGGUGCCAAGUCGGGAAACAGGCCCCCAAAACGGGUCCCUCUCCCCACCCCAAGCUUGGAGGAAGUAUAUUCUGAGCUGCGCUCCAUCACGCAGUAGAGAGCAGCAUCCAGAAAAAAAUUCUCUUCAGAAGGGCCCAAAAGAGAUUUUUUUUUUUCCUCUUAAAAGCCAGGGAUAUCGUUGUUAGAUUCCACUUCCCCUUCUGUACCAGGGUUCCGGGGUCUCAGCCCUCAGGGGACAGACUUGGCCAGCUGGUCUGAGAAGUGGCCUCCCAGGGACAGGGUGGGCCGCCAAGUCUCUGAGUCAUCUCAGAGCAGAGAGGGGCUGAGGCCCACCUGCCCCGCCUUGUCCUGGGACCUUGGAGUUCGAUAUUGCCUUAAUAAAUGUCGCCACAGCUACGUACUGGC